AUGGCAGGGCACCGGGGACUGUUUCCUCCGUCAGGAGCUGCGCGGGCACAGGAGGGAGCCGGGGUUGAAGAGAGGAGCUCAGACAAGGAUGGUGGUGACAGCUUGGUGGCCAAGGGAGCCUGGCAGGAAUCAGCCUCGGACAGCAGAGGGCUGUUGCUCAGUCGGGUCUCUGUUAGCGGGCAGAGAUGGCAUCUUGCUGCAUUGCUGUGGCAUGAGUUAACUUUUCACGGUAUGAAGAAAAGAAAGGAACUUCAUGCUCAUUUGAAUGGCUGCAUCAGUUCUGCCACUAUGAAGAAACUUAUGACCCAGAAACCGUACCUUCAGAUCCAGAACGGAAUGACUGUGAUUGACAAAGGCAAUAAGCGAACUUUGGAUGAAUGUUUUCAGAUGUUUCAGAUCAUCUAUCAGAUUACCACUAGGACUGAAGAUAUUUUACUGAUAACUAAAGAUGUUAUUAAAGAAUUUGCUGAUGAUGGUGUCAAGUAUCUGGAACUGAGGAGCACUCCUAGAGAAGAAAAAGCCACAGGUAUGACCAAAAGGAUGUAUGUUGAGACUGUACUUGAAGGUAUAAAGCAGUGUAAAGAAGAAGGCUUGGAUAUAGAUGUAAGAUUAUUAAUAGCAAUAAAUAGAAGAGGUGGCCCUGCAGUUGCUAAGCAGACUGUUAAACUUGCUGAAGAGUUCCUUCUUUCCACUGAUGGGGUGGUAGUAGGACUUGACCUCAGUGGUGAUCCCACCGCAGGACAUGGUCAAGAUUUUUUGGAACCCCUCUCAGAAGCAAAAAAGGCAGGCCUUAAGCUGGCAUUGCAUCUUUCAGAGAUUCCAAACCAAGAAGAGGAGACCAAAAUUCUUCUUGGCCUGCCUCCUGACAGAAUUGGACAUGGAACAUUUCUCAACUCUGCAACAGUAGGUUCAGAAGAAUUAGUGCCACUUGUUAGACAGAAUCAUAUACCUAUUGAAUUGUGCAUGACAUCAAACAUCAAAACUCAGACAGUGCCUUCCUGUGACAAACACCAUUUUGGAUACUGGUACAACAUAGGUCACCCUGCAGUGCUUUGUACUGAUGAUAAAGGCGUCUUUGCAACAGAUCUAUCUCAGGAAUACGAACUGGUUGCAAAAACAUUUAAUCUGACUCGAUCACAGAUGUGGGAUCUUUCCUAUGAAUCCAUCGACUAUAUCUUUGCUUCAAGUGUAGUAAAAUCAAAGCUAAGGGAACAGUGGAGUAAACUGAAGCCAACUCUGUUUGAGUAAUCAAACUGUUGUUCUAAAUGUCUUGGAUGUGUUAGCUUAGUUAAUAAGCGUUUUUUACUGAAGUACCUGGUUUUGGCCUUUUUCAGACCUCAGGUUUAUAAAUCCAGUCCUGAAGCUGAGCCCAUGCAAAAUCAAGAUGGUAGGAACGCAUCCUUCAUUACUGAGGAUAGACGCAAAAGUCCUUUCACGCUUUGUGUGGAAGGGCUUUCAGUGAUUAAAAUUCUAGAUGUGUCAUCAUGUAGCUUCUCUGCAGUUGAUAUGUUGCUAUUUUUUAAAAAUUACUCUGUUGGAAUAUGUCAUCAUACCACACACAGUUCAGAAUCGGAACAAAAUAAAGGCACAAUUUGGGGCAUAAAAAAAGUAUCUGUUGGCAACAGUAUACCAAGCAGUUUGGAUAUUUGGGUGUGUGUGUGUGAGUGUGUUUUAUUUUGGUUUGUUUGUUUUUAAACAAGUUUUGAGCAGUUGAGUGAACAUGAAGACAGAGACAGCCUCAGGGAGAAUGAAAUAUUUGUCUCAAGGGAAUUAAAUAUUGUGUCUGUUUCUAUUGAUGUAUAUGUAUGAUUGAACCCUGCUGUGGGUUGUUUAGUGUGUGUGGUGGUACCUAUCAAUGCACUCAGUAUUCAUAGUAUCUUGUAGUGCCUCCAUACUAUAUUUAUACUAUAUAAAGUUAAGAAUCUUAAACACCUAGCAGAUUGUGAUUUGUGUUGAGGAAAGGGUGUAUUCUUAAAAUGCUUUUUAGAAUUUCUCAUUUGUUUCUUUUAAAAAGCAAUAAAAAUAACUUGAACCUGCAUGCUUUUGAAACCAAUACUUCUUUUGUGUGUGUGUGUGUGUUUGGUGUUUAUUGGAGAGAAGCAUAUACGACCUCAAAAUUUGUUAAGUAACUGUCAGUUUUGAGAGGGAGGCAUACGUGGUUUCUUCUGAGCAGUAGCGUUUUUUUUCUGACAGCAGAGGGAGCUCCUUAGUUCAGGCAGUGAAAGGUGCUUAGGAUGCGUGUAUAUAUGGUUUGAUCUGCUACUGUGGAGGACCACCACCACCUGUUUCCCCCAAGAGCCUGUUGUUUUAGGGAAAGCUCAGCCAUCAUUAGAAACUUUUAUUAGUAACUUCCUGUUACUUCAGGAAGUCAUUUCUGAAUUUGAGAGGGUUGAAGUAUAACGUGGCAGUCCUGUUUUUUGCAGUUCCAGUUUUUUCCAGUCCUGUUUUUUGCAGUUCCAGCAAAACCAGAAAGCAUUGAGUGCUUGUUCUGAAGGCAGAAAACCAGUCUAUUUGAAUGAGAGGAUGACUGGUCUGUUGCCAAAUGUAAUUCUUAAUGACAUUUUCGGGAUUGUUGAUUUUAACUGAAGAGAUUAGGAAUAAGGGUUGUGCGUUCCCUGACAGAAUUCACCCUCAGCUCUGUCUAAUCUUGCCAUAAGCUUCUUAGUGAGAAGGGGCCAUUUUGCAGAAGCCUUGGGUGGCUAAUACAGCGUCUUCAAAUAUUUGUGAUGUGUCCAAACUCAGCUUGUCCAAUUAUAGCAUUGCUGCUGCUUGUAUCUCAGGACAACUAGAUAGUAUGGCUGAGCCAGCUGAAGAAUAUCCCUGAUGAUAAAGCCUGGAGUAUUAGCUUGAAUAGAAAUUUAUUUUUGAAUUUAAAACAGUUAAAUGAUUAUCAAUAUCCAUUUACAUAUCCAUACCUUUAGAUUAUUUGGAUAAAGAUUAAUGUAGUAGUAAUUUAUUUGAAGUCCUGAAGUCUGAAUUAAUUACUAAAUUGGAAGAAGUCACUGGCCAAUCACACAUGCAAUUAGAAUGUGUUAAAACAAUGAGUUAGCUUAUGACAGUUCAGCAAUUGCAGAAGUAAUUUCUUCUUCUUCCUGUGAUUUUUUUUUUUUCAGUUGCCUUCCAUAACAGUUGAGAAGUUGCCUGGAAGGUUAAAAAAUUCCUCCGCUGGGUUAAUUGUGUUGUGCUCGAGAAACAGAUCUGCCGCAUUUGUGUCUUAAAUGACAGAAUUCUGUUCACUAAGUAUGGAUAACGUUUGCCUUGCUUAAUAAAUAAUCUGGUUUUAAGUGCAACGAGAACGUUUAGAUAACUUUUUCUCAGAGAUAUUUAACAUAGCUUUAACUAGUAAACGUUUUUAUAACUGGUUUUCAGUAUUUCAGUUGAACACUACUUUUUCUUGUGAAAGUAUCUGAACGCACUGCUUUUCCUUUUAAAGGAUCUGAAGAAAAUACAGGAAAAAUACAGUAAUCUAGUAAAAACGUAACUCACUAUUUUAGCGUAUUAAUAUGUAGACACUGAGAAUUUAAAUCAAUUCAUUUAAAUGCCAUGUAAUUUGGUUGUGUACAGUGGAUCACUCUCUGUCAACUUACCGAAUUUAAUGUCUCGGCGAAGGAUAGUUUUUCUGCUAAGAACGCAUGUUUCUCGUGUGCUAAGCUCUCAGGCAGGUUAAUGAAUAACAUGACCUUCUGCAGCAGCUGGAGGAAAUAUGCAUAGCUUUGCUGUCAGCUCCUUAGGGAACCAGCUGUCUGGGCUGAGCAGCGCACCUCGUCUGUGGCCAGGAGCUCGUUCUCUGAUGUGCCAGGUAAGCUUUUAGUUGUUUAUUUUGCCCACUUUCAGGUGAUUGCUUAUGUAUGUGUAAAAAAAAAAAGAGCAAGAACCAGCUGUCACAUUCAACUCUGGCUUCCUCCAGCCUGCAGAGCUCUGGAGUCACAGAAAAGUUGAAGGGUGCAGCUGUUAAUACGAGAUAUUAUAGCUAACGUUACAAAUGGGCUGUAAUAGGUCUCCAGCUCCAAAGAAAUGAUAGAACUGUGUACUGUCAAUCUAAUUACUGUGCUCCUAACUCCAUCUUAAUUGUACUCUUCCUAUUUUAAGUGUUUUGACAGUUAACUCUUUGGAGUAUCUUGUAAGAAUUACAGAUCAAUACUUUUGUGCUUGGACUGACUGAGAUGUCUUUUCCGUAUGUAACUUAAUUUUUGAUCUGCCAGUGAAAUUUAGCCAGGUGUCCAUAAUAUGUAGCCGCAGACUAGUGGAACAUGAAGAAAGCAGGAGUUGUGGUUGUUCAGCAAGGUUUCGUUUUUCUUCUGUCCACUUCUCUAACUUGCCCAGAGAGUAAAUCGGUCACACACUGCAAAAGACAUAAAUUGGGUAUCAACCACCAUUGCAUCAUAACUGUUAGGCCAUUUUAAUUUUUGCAAGUGUAGCUGUAUGAAGAAUCUUCAAGACCUUUAGUUCAACCCUCCUCAGUCCCUCUUGUAGUUAGGCUAUAGAAGUGUGAGUUUUGAGUAACUGCAAGCUCAUAGUGUAUUUACUAUUGAAUUCUAGUACGUUCAGCUGUCUUAACUAAAAUGGGGAAUCCAAGAAAUCAUGUUCUAAACAUAUCUUACAUUAGUGGCUGGAAUUCUUGUGUUUUCUAUGUACAAAGGGAAAUAAAAAGGCAAGCAAAUGGUAAAUGCACGCUUUUAAUUCUUAACAUUUGUAAGAAAACACGGACAUACUUAGCUUAAAAUUGUUCACGAAAUGAUUAUGAGUCUCUUUAUCCUGAAUAUCCUGAAUAAUAACCCGCUUAUAAUACUUCCACCUACACAAUUUAACUAAUGCAGUAAUGCACAAUUUGCACCGCCUGUAACCAGUGAAAUUUAAAUUUGGGGACAUAAAUCUGAUGGAGUUUUGUUCUAAAGUUAAUUUCAAUAUGUAAUUUAUUAAUCCAUCUCUAUUUCCAAAAUGGAUAGCAAUAGUAUUUGUGAGGUAUAUCUUCUAGAAGUUGCUCCUUCUGCUGGGAUGUGAACUGCUCUUGCUUGUUUUUAUUUUUAAGCUUAAGCGCGGCAUGCUUAGGAAGCUUGGCUAAAGUUUAUGAAACACUGACAGGCUUGUGAUACAGUUAAUCGCUGGAAAGCUGGAUCAAAAGGGUUACUUAGUCUUCUACUCUAAAAAGCUGGGUAGUGUAUUUCACUCACAGUAAUUUUAUCUGUUUAUAUUGCAAUGAUACGGUAUCCUUCAUAGCUGUAUAACGUGCUAAAAUAAAUUUUGAUGGUAGCAAAAUGACCUAUCUGGAAAGCUCUUAGGACAGUUUUAUAAGGAGGACAAAUCUUCUAAAGCAGCUAAGUGAUGGAGGAGCCAAGUCCAUCAAUGAAACUUAACCUUUUGAAAAUGUUAUCCUCACCCUGUUGUGGUCACAUCCUGCUUCACUUGCACGAAAGUCUUUUAAAGUACGUGCAGGCAGAACUGUAGGAUAACACAGCAAAUGAUUCUUACCAAAAGGUUUUCCAGCUGUUCUCCAGGGCUUGAUGCUGUCUAUGACCUUGAUAUAGCUGAGCUGUUUUCUGUCCAGUACAAGACUGUUUGCUGAAAAAGGAAAAUGUCUUUGCAGUGAACACCCUUAAUUUUUGGUAAGUGCAAAUUCUGUAACCUGUACGCAUGACUGUAAUGUAAUCUUCAUGCAUACAGAGCUUGGGAACUGGAUCUAAAAUAUUUUCUUGAAAUAUUUCAAGUCUGGUAGUGUUGAUUUAAGGAAUGCGAAGGAGAGGCAAGAAGAUUUUGUCAUGAUGUACUUAAAAAUCUAGCCUCUGUUUUGAUGAAGCUGUAACUUCUCUUCAUGGAGAAAUUAUAUAGUAAGCUGUUCAAAAUAGGAUACCAACUACGGAUACAGCAAAGUAAAUUUCAAAUAAUCUCCACUGAGAUUUUUCAGGAGAUGUGGCGACAAUGUAACAACAAAUUUUACUUUCUUUAGUAAGACGAUAUUUUGUAGACAUGACAGAUUGAGAAUUAUCAUUCUAUUUCAUACAUGUGUGCUGUGAUGCAUAUUGGUAAUUGUCUUAAAGAUUCACUUAAAGUUGAGGCUUGUUUCCAUUUUAUUCAGCUGAAUCUUUUAAGAUUUUUAGUUUAUGUUAAUUAAAUAUACUUAGUAUAAGUAAUAUGUUGAAAAAAGGCAUAACUGUUUUCUAUUUAAGACUGCAGCUGUGUUGACACAUCAGCAUGAGCAACAGGGAGGCGUUUUAGACAGGUGAAUAGGAAAUUUUGGGGUGUAGCUGAGCUGGCUAUUUUUUCAGCUUUCCGCAGUUUUGACUUCUUAAAUAGGUUGACAUCAAUUUAAAUUUCUGAUUCUCCUAAAUUAUUAGUGUUGUAAUUCUUAAUAUACAAAGGAGUUUUUUCACUGAAUGACUUAAAUAUGUCAUAGAAAUACUUUAUUUUAAUCUUAUUGUAUUUUGUUUUUACAAAAAUAACUAACUUGCUAUGCAUUAAACAAGACCCACUUUCUAAUGGAAAUAACUUUAAACAAAAUGUGUGAUUAUUUACCUGUUGAAAUCUGUGUAGUAUGAUUAAACUUUACCUGAUGUGGUAGCACAUGUUAUGUCUUGGACUUUGACAUUCAUUGUACUUGUCCCAUUUUGGCCGAGCAAAGAGCUCCUCCGCUCCUAGAACACAUGAGCAGGGGAAGACCCUCGUUUGUUUCGCACUGGUCAUCUCAGAGAAUUGGGACCAAACCAUCACCUCAUAAAACAAUAACAAAUAUUUUUGCUUAUAAGUAAAAAGCAGACUUACUUGAUUAAUUACAAACACCUUUGAUCUGUUCAUUCUGUGUUUCAGAAAUACCUGUCCUAUAGUAACUGAGGUUGGCCUCUGAAAACAAGGACAAAUAGAAUGAUAAAAUAAUAAAACACUGAUGCAAAAAGCUGAAUUGUUUCAGUAAAAUAGAAACUUUA